CUGCGAAAUUCCAAAAAGAGCUCACAAAAUUAUCAUCCGAAGGCAGCAGAGAGAAGAAUCCCUUUUCCCCCAAUUUUCUCUCUCCAAAAACAACAACCAAUCUCAGACCCCACAAUUCUCUCCCUUUAAACCCCAAUUUCUCAGGACCCAAACCCCCCAAUUUCUCAGCAAUGCCUGCUUCCUCCUCAGAGACGAGGAAUAGAUGGAGGAAGCGGAAGCGGGAGCCUUUAAUUUCAAGGAAGGCCAAGGCCCAACAAGAUGAUGACGUGUUUGAAGAAGAAGAUGACGAGGAAGACAUUGACCAGCAGGAAAUUGAAGAUGACGACCACCGAAACCCUAGCAAUUCAGUGGAUCGGAGUAAUUACUCAGUUGAAUUGGUAUCAGAAGCUGGGAACCGAAUUAGUGAGUUCCCUUUAGUAGUGAGACGUACUGUUACGCGGCCUCAUUCGUCCGUCCUGAAUAUUGUAGCGACUGAGAAGGCUGGGCAGUGUGGAGAGAGUAGGCAGAAUGGGGUGGUGUUGGAGAAUAUGUCGUAUGGGCAGCUUCAGGCGCUUUCAGCUGUGCCUGCAGAUACUCCUGCCUUGUUGACUGAGGAAAGAGGAGAAGGCAGUGGGAGUGGUUCGUAUGUGAUCAGUCCUCCGCAGAUAUUGCAGGGUCGUGGUGUGGUUAAGCAUUAUGGCAGUGCAAGUCGAAUUCAUGUUGUGCCAAUGCACGCAGAUUGGUUUUCACCUAAUACAGUGCACAGAUUGGAAAGACAAGUGGUGCCACAUUUUUUCUCUGGAAAGUCAGCUGAACAUACGCCAGAAAAAUACAUGGAAUGCAGAAAUUGUAUAGUUGCAAAGUAUAUGGAGUUGCCUGAAAAGCACUUGUCAGUUGCUGAUUGCCAUGGGAUUGUAGCUGGUGUUAGUGCUGAUGAUGUAACUCGAAUUGCAAGGUUUCUUGAUCAUUGGGGGAUCAUCAACUACUGUGCUGUUCCUCCUAAAGCGGAGGCCCUAAAAGAUGUCACAUUGUAUGAGGACUCAAACAGUGAUCUCUGUGUUCCAGUGGCUGGUUUGAAGUCUAUUGACAGCUUAGUCCAGUUUGACAAGCCUAAAUGUUGUCUCAAGGCGAGAGACGUUUAUCCUGAACUUGUGCGUGAUUUUGAUGAUGACUCCGACUUUGACAACUCAAUCCGAGAAAUGUUGUCUGAACUACGAUGCAAUUGUUGUUCUCGGCCUGUUUCACUGUCGUACUAUCAGUCACAGAAAGAGAUUGAUAUUCUAUUGUGUUUGGAUUGCUUCCACGAGGGUGGAUUUGUCACUGGUCACUCUAGCUUGGAUUUUGUCAAAAUAAGCUCUAUGAAAGAUUAUGGAGAUCUAGAUGGAGAUACUUGGACUGACCAGGAAACGCUAUUGCUUCUCGAGGGAAUGCAACUCUACAAUGAAAACUGGAAUCAAAUUGCAGAACAUGUUGGCACCAAGUCAAAGGCACAGUGCAUCCUUCAUUUUGUCCGCCUGCCUGUGGAUGGUGCCCCAUUGGAAAAUAUUGAACUUCCAGGUGCAUCUGGUCCCUCAAGUUCUUUUGCGGGUGAAGAUCGUAACAAAUCUUAUUCAAAUUUGAACGGGAAUCUUGCAGGACCAAGCACUGAAAACCUUGAUUCUGAUAGCAAAUUUCCUUUUGAAAACUGUGGAAAUCCAGUAAUGUCCCUGGUUGCUUUUUUGGCAUCUGCUGUGGGACCGAGAGUUGCUGCAGCAUGUGCCCAUACUUCUUUGGCAGCAUUAUCUAAGGAUGAUACUUUAACAUCACGGAACAUGACUCAGAUAGAUGGAUCUACAGCUGAUAACGGGAUCAGUGUAGGAAGAAUUCAUGGAAAGGAUGGAAGUCCUCGUGGAGAUGUUGGAAAUUCUUAUCAGCUAAAAGAUGAAAAGCCGGGAGGACAAGGUCCAUGGGGUCAACACGAUUCUGGAGGUGCUGCAGUAUCCACUGAAAGAGUAAGAGCUGCUGCUAAAGUUGGUCUUGCAGCUGCAGCUAUAAAGGCAAAGCUUUUUGCUGACCAUGAAGAACGUGAGAUUCAACGGUUAUCUGCAAACAUAGUCAACCAUCAGGUAAUUUGUUGAAAUUAUAGUUUUUGG